AUGGAGUCGAAGUCCGAGAACACGGUUGAUCUUCCGCAUAGUUACAAUGGGGAAGCACCCGCCCGUGAUAGUGAAAGUGAUACUGUCGAAUAUCCUAGCGCCUUCUGGGCGGCUUGCAUCUCUGUCGGUGUUGCUCUGGGCCUCUUUUUGGUCGGUUUGGAUAUGACUAUCAUUGCGACUGCCAUCCCUCGCAUCACUGAUGAUUUCAAAGGCAUCAACCUCGUUGGUUGGUACGCUUCGGCCUUUUUUAUUGCGCUGGCUUGCUUCCAGCCCUUCUGGGGCAAGGUAUAUCCUUUCUUCUCGAUCAAGUACACCUUCUUAGCCUCCGUUUUUAUAUUUGACCUUGGUUCACUCCUUGCAGGCGUUGCGCCCAACAGCACCGUCCUCAUUGUCGGGCGAGCCAUCAUGGGCGCGGGAGGCGCAGGCAUCGCGUCGGGCGGAUACGCCAUCCUGGGAGUCGUUGUGCGCCCACAGCUUCGGCCUAUUUUCACAGGCUUCAUCACCACCGUUUAUAGCGUUGCCAACGUCCUCGGUCCCAUCAUAGGCGGUGUCUUCACGCAGAAGACGACCUGGCGCUGGUGCUUCUAUGUUAACCUACCAAUUGGCGGCACCGCUGCUAUCAUUAUCUUUCUGCUGUUCCAGCCCCCCAAAUCCGCUCGUCGGGCCAAGGUUCCGCUGAAGGAGAAAUUGUCGCACAUGGAUCCAAUCGGCAUCGUGCUCGCCCUCGGCUCGCUCAUCUUCUUCACACGUGCGCUCGAGGUAGCUGGUAUCUACAAUGCAUGGAACUCGGCUGAGGUCAUUGGCUUGCUCGUCGCCUGCGUCGUCGCCGCAAUAGCCUUUAUAGUCUCACAGUACCUCCAGGGUGACCAUGCCCUCCUUGUGUCGCGGCUUCUCAGGAAACGUGUCGUCGCUGUGGGCAUGGCAUACGGCUUCCUUCACGAGGGAGCUUUUUAUCUCCUGCUCUAUUACGUCCCAAUCUACUUCCAGGUCGUCGUGGGUGUCUCGCCCUCCGAGGCUGGUGUCCAUAAUCUCCCGCUGCUCAUUAGCUGCGGCAUAGGCUCCGGGCUUGCGGGCAUCCUCGUCUCGGUCUAUGGCCACUAUGUCCCGCUCAUGCUGUGGGCAAGUGCUGGCGGCUGCAUUGGCUCUGGCCUUAUCUAUACCCUGAGUGCUACAUCCCCCACUGCCGCGUGGGUUUGUUAUCAGAUCCUCUCUGGGCUUGCCUACGGGUCUGGCCUCCCGCUAGCAAUCAUCGCGGGUCAGGCCAAGGCUCAGCCAGAAGACCUUGCCUCAACAUCAGCUAUGCUGUUAUUUUCCUUCUGUGUCGGCUCCUCGACUUCCCUAGGGGCUGGCCAAUCCGUGCUAAGCAAUGUCCUCUUGUCGAAGCUUCCGUCCAUGGCGCCUGGUGUCGACCCGCUCAGCGUCAUCGCCACAGGCGCUACUGAGAUCCGCCAUGUUUUCCCCGCCGAUGCUGUUCCAGGCAUCGUGCAGGCCUAUCUCUAUUGUCUGCGCGCUGUCUUCUUAAUUGUUACAGCUUACGCCGGCGUCGCGGUUUUCUUCGCAGUCGGUAGUAAGUGGGAGAGGCUAAGAUUGAAGUAG